UUCUUUUUAACUUAGUUUGUCUUGAGAAGGUUAAGGUUGUAGAAACAUUUUUGAAAAAGGGGACAUUUAUAUUUGAAAAUUAAAAAUAUGGAAAAUUUCAACACAACUCUGUGGAUUACUUUAAUAUUGAUUUCAGUGAAAAAUAUAAAACUGGCAGAUUCAUUUCAAUGUUUCGAGUGCGAAAAUUGCGCAACAAUUGGUCACGAUGAAAGAGAGUACAUUAAAGAUUGUGCAGGUUUUGAGGGACUUGCUACUGAAGGACCAGAAUCGACAGAGAACUCACCAGAAUCAUCAACUUCUUCAACUCGAUUAGGAACGACUUCUACAGACAAUCCUUCAAGUUCCUUAAGUCCUUCGACUUCAACCUUAUCCACUUUGGCAUCACUCAAUAAUACCGAAACAACUCAAAAGCUUGUGUUUGGCAGCACUGAUGUUCCGACAACUAUUGUGAGUACCACCACCACCACAGAAAAGCAAAAGGUCACUAGCACUUGGUCACUUUUCCCUAAUUCCGUGGAAGAAAAAGAAUUGAAUAAUCAGAAACCAAACAUCGAAGAUCGAAGUGAAGAACUUUUCAGCUGGAAGUCCCGUCAAGAUGGAGAUGGAGUUUGUUAUGUCCUGAAAUUAAAUUAUGAAGGACAUGAAGUUAUCAAUCGAGGUUGUGGUCUAAGAGGUCAAAACAAAGAUCAAAUAUGUCAAAUACUUAGUAAAGGUGAACCAAAUUCUGAGUGUGAAGUGUGCGAAGGAAAUUUGUGUAAUAGUGCUUCAGGAUUGACAAGUGGAGUUCUUGGAUUUCUUGUCAUUUUAUUUGUCCUCAAAGCUUAUAUUUAAUGAAUAAUAAACUUACACUUUAAUACCUGUUUCUUGAA